AGGCUUUGGCACCAUACUUAUUCAACGAUUGUAAAGUGCAUUAGGCCUACCCUUAAACCUCGAGGCUCAAGGAAACCAGCGAACACCUUGGCCGGUGGCCAUCUCAUCGCUUCUGGUGCGUUAGCUCAUGGAUUCGCAUUCGUGAACGAUUCAAUUCCUCAUGCCCUUUGAAGACCCCCUUCUAGAAGGCUCAUCCAGUCGAGACCGUCGUCGAGAACAGGACAUCCAACGAACCCCUGCAUAUGUGCUGCAGGAUACCGGAAUAGAGGAAGGCAUCCGCCACGCAAAUCUCCUCUUCCCAGGCGUUUUCCACCGAGAACGCUUCGAGCAACGCUCCCAGUACUCAAGAGACGUGAACAACGACGAUCAUGAACAUUUCAGUUUCAUGUUGCUCGUCGUCUUUCGUCUCAUUGGUAGGGGGGCCUGGGAGGACGGGUUGAGAGAGCUUCUGGACGUUGCCAAAGAGGCAUAUGGAAAGGAAUCUGAAAUCCCGACGCUGGCCACCGUUAUGGCCACCAUUCUACUGUCGUGGUGGCUAUCUAAGUCGAGGGCUCAAAAUCGCUUUGCAAAAGAUCUACUAGCUAACGCGCAGGCAUGGCUGGGUUCGUAUGAUGAGCGCGACCUUCUGAAGAGCGUAUCGCACGACAAGAUCCGCCAGCUCCUGGAUACAGUCAGUGAUCUUGUACGUAAGCGGAUAGCAGGUUAAUUUCGCAACUGAAACCCUGUGAUACCUGGUUUGUGGGGAAACGUCCAGUUGCGUGUCCACCACAAUAACGAUUCAAUCUUGGGGAUUCGAUCGUCCCCAGACCUGGUGGAUUCCAUGCCAAGACAAUCCUCCUCGCCAGCGGGA